AUGGAGGUCCCAAGCAGCGAAGCAAGAGAAUCCGGAAAGCGUAAUGCUGGGACUAUAGCAGGUGUCCUUCCCACGAUCCAGCCAUCCCCCAACAACUACCAGUGCCUUGAAUGUGGGAAAAACUUUCGACGGAGCCUGAAUUUGUUAACUCACCAGAGGGUCCACACGGGUGAGAGACCUUACCAGUGCCCUAAGUGCAGGAGGAGCUUUGCUCAGCAGUCGAGUCUGACCAUUCAUCUGAGGAUCCACACGGGGGAGACCCCUUACCCCUGUCCUCAGUGUGGAAGGUGUUUCCGCCAGAGCUCAAACCUCCUGAAACACAAGAAGCUGCACGAAGGGGUGAGGCCUCACCUGUGCUCCGAUUGCGGCAAAUGCUUCGCUCAGCGCUCCAACCUGCUCACCCACCAGCGGAUUCACACGGGGGAGAUGCCCUUCCUCUGUUCUGAAUGUGGGCAAGCCUUCCGGCAGCACCGCAGUCUUCUUAGCCACCAGAGGUGCCACAAGGGGAAUGUGUCUAAUGGGUACAAUUGCCCCGAGUGUGGGAAAAACUUCAUGCAGAACUCGGACCUGGUGAAACACCUGAGAGUCCACACGGGGGAGAUGCCCUACACUUGCCUCUACUGCGGGAGGACCUUUCGAUACGUCUCAAAUCUCAAUAGGCACAAACGAACCCACACGGGGGAAAAACCUCACGCUUGCCGCCAGUGUGGCGAAUGCUUCAGCCAUUUGUCCAGCCGGAAUACGCACGAGAGAAUUCACACGGGAGAAAAGCCAUUUGGCUGUGCUGAAUGUGGGAAGGCGUUCAUUUCCAGUUCUAAGCUCGCUCAGCACCUGAGGUCCCAUGCCAAGAAGGUAUCCCACAUCUGCAGUACAUGUGGGAAAACCUUUUGCCGCUAUCCAAGUCUCCUUAGACACCAGCAACUUCACAAAGCUUGGAGAUUUCACUUGAGGAAAAAGGGGAACAAAGAGACAAACCAGAUUUUGGUAGACUGAGCUCCACACGCUGAGUGUUCUAUCAGCAGAAGAACCAAACUCUGAGGAAAUAUUUUGUGAAGACGUGCUGGAUUCUGCAGGUUUUGUAGUCUGUUCCUCCCAACCAUCGUCAUCACUCUUGAUAACUCUGUAAAAUGAAUACAUGCCUCCAGGCAGGAAUUUGGUGAGAACAUUUGGGCAGCUAUUGCAAAUGGAUCUAAUUUACAGCAAUCUCCCUCUUCAGAAGCAGCUUCUCAAGUUCUUGCCUGCAAUGAGAAAGAAAGAGGGCUUCCCAAAAGAAAAACAAAUCUCAGUUUGCAUUGAAAUUAUCCUUCAAUGCCCUUUAACCCUGAGCAGUGUUGUUAAACCCUUUAAAUGCUGUGGUGGCUCAGAAUGAUAUGAUCAGUUAAGAUGACAUCAGAUGAAUGAUGAUGCCAUGCCAUAUCCUAGCAUUGACAUUAAUAGUUUGAGAAAAACCUGU